CAGACACAUAUGCUGAUCUCCCAGUGGUAGAUUCCAAAGGCGGCAUCAUCAGCGGGGCCAUGCCUCUUCCCAUUCCAAUCCAAAUCUCUGAUCCCAACCCCUAAAUUCCUUUCAAUCUCUGCAAGAUCUACAACUUCUCUUCUCCACUCUCUGCUCCGUAUAGCCGCCGGAGCCUUCUGCAAGGUGAUCUCACCAUGGAGUCGAUUCUUGCCCGGGCCCUCGAAUACACUCUCAAGUAUUGGUUGAAAUCUUUCUCUCGGGACCAGUUCAAAUUGCAGGGUCGGACCGCGCAGCUCUCCAAUUUGGAUAUCAAUGGCGACGCUUUGCAUUCCAGCAUGGGGUUGCCGCCGGCGCUUAAUGUUACGACGGCGAGGGUUGGCAAGUUGGAGAUUAUGUUACCUUCGCUGAGUAAUGUACAAGUGGAGCCAAUCGUUGUGCAAAUAGAUAAAUUGGAUUUAGUUUUAGAGGAGAAUCCAGAUGCAGAUGUGGGUAGAAGCACGAGUAGUAGUCAGACUUCUUCCAGCACCGUGAAGGGUGGCGGUUAUGGGUUUGCUGAUAAGAUUGCAGAUGGAAUGACUGUAGAGGUUCGCACUGUCAAUCUGCUACUUGAAACUGGUGGUGGAUCACAACAUCAAGGAGGAGCAACCUGGGCUUCACCUUUGGCAUCUAUCACUAUACGCAACCUUUUGCUGUAUACCACAAAUGAAAAUUGGCAGGUGGUCAAUCUUAAGGAAGCCCGUGAUUUCUCUGCAAACAAGAAAUUUAUAUAUGUUUUCAAGAAACUUGAAUGGGAAUCUUUGUCAAUUGAUCUUCUGCCUCAUCCGGAUAUGUUUGCUGAUGCUAAUUUGGCUCGUGCUCAAGAGGGACCAAUUGGUAGGGAUGAUGAUGGUGCUAAACGUGUUUUUUUUGGUGGAGAGCGACUUAUUGAAGGAAUAUCUGGUGAAGCUAAUAUAACAUUGCAAAGGACCGAACUAAACAGUCCACUUGGUCUUGAGGUGAAUUUACAUAUUACAGAAGCUGUAUGCCCAGCCUUAAGUGAACCAGGACUUCGUGCCUUUCUUCGCUUUUUGACAGGAUUAUAUGUUUGUCUAAAUAGAGGAGAUGUGGAUCCAAAAUCUCAGCAGCGUUCAACAGAAGCAGCAGGACGUUCUUUAGUUUCAAUUAUUGUAGACCAUAUAUUUCUAUGUGUGAAAGAUCCUGAAUUCCAGCUUGAAUUUUUGAUGCAGUCGCUAUUCUUUUCUCGGGGUAGUGUUAGCAAUGGAAAAAAUGACAAUAACUUGACGAAAGUCAUGAUUGGUGGACUCUUUUUGAGGGAUACUUUUUUGCGCCCUCCAUGCACAUUAGUUCAACCAACAAUGCAGACUGUUACAGAUGGCAUUUUACAUGUUCCAGAAUUUGCUAAGAACUUUUGCCCACCAAUAUAUCCUUUCAAGGACAAGCAGUGGGGAUUCAGUGGAAGCGUUCCUUUAUUUUGCCUCCACUCUGUGCAGGUCAAACCUUCUCCAGUCCCCCCAUCUUUUGCCACCCGGACAGUCAUCCACUGCCAACCUCUCACAAUUCAUCUUCAGGAAAAAUCAUGUUUGAGGAUAUCAUCUUUCCUAGCUGAUGGAAUAGUUGUGAAUCCUGGUUCUGUUUUACCGGAUUUCUCCAUUAGUUCUAUUAUACUCUCUCUCAAGGAAUUAGAUGUUACUGUUCCACUAGAUGUGGCCAAAUCUUCUGAUUAUCAUAGCAGCUGGGAUGGCAUCUCUCAAAGCUCUUUUGAUGGAGCUCGGCUUCAUAUUAAGAACAUGCAAUUUUCUGAAUCACCUUCUCUGAAUCUUAGACUACUGAAUUUGGAUAAAGAUCCUGCUUGCUUCCUUCUCUGGGAAGGUCAACCAGUUGAUGCUAGCCAGAAGAAAUGGGCCACUAGUGUGUCUCAGAUUAGUUUAUCGUUAGAAACAUAUGAUAAAGUAUCUGGAUCCAAGAGUUCUGAUGCUAUUUUAGCCUUGUUGAGAUGUGUGGAGCUGACAGAUGUUUCCAUUGAAGUAGCUAUGGCAACUGCAGAUGGAAAAACAUUAACGGAAGUUCCUCCUCCUGGGGGUGUUGUAAGAAUUGGGGUUUCCUGUCAACAGUAUUUGUCAAACACCUCAGUUGAUCAACUAUUUUUUGUUCUAGAUCUUUAUGCAUACUUUGGUAGAGUUACUGAAAAGAUAGCACUUGUUGGAAAGAAAAAUCAACCGAAAGAAAGUAGAAGUAACUUGUUGGUUGGAAAGCUUGUGGAUAAGGUACCAAGUGAUACUGCUGUUAGUUUAUUGGUUAGGAACCUUCAACUUAGAUUUCUGGAGUCUUCUUCCACAAUUGUUGAGGAACUGCCUCUUGUUCAAUUUAUUGGCGACGAUAUGUUCAUUAAAGUUUCUCACAGAACGCUUGGUGGUGCUGUUGCUAUUUCAUCCACAGUACGAUGGGAUAGUGUUGAAGUGGAUUGUGUAGAUACCGACGGAAAUAUUGCAUAUGACAAUGGAACCAUGUCAACUUCAAUUGAAAAUGGUUCUCUUAUGAAUGGGAAUGGAUUAUCUCAACUAAGAGCAAUCCUUUGGGUACGUAACAAAGGGGAUAGAUUUACAGCCCCGUUUCUUGAUGUUAGCAUAGUGCAUGUGAUUCCCUUAAAUGAGCGGGACAUGGAGUGUCACAGUUUGAAUGUUUCAGCUUGUAUUGCUGGGGUGCGCCUAAGUGGAGGAAUGAACUAUGCGGAAGCCUUGCUGCAUCGGUUUGGAAUUCUUGGUCCUGAUGGGGGCCCAGGAAAAGGUCUGGUGAAAGGUCUGGAGAAUCUACGGGCUGGGCCACUCGCAAAACUUUUCAAAACUUCACCUCUUCUUGCUGGCGGUUUAGAAGGAGAUGGGAAAGAAAGUCCUCUAUUGCAACUAGGAAAGCCAGAUGAUGUAGACAUUUCCAUAGAACUUAAAAAUUGGUUAUUUGCACUUGAAGGUGCACAGGAAGUGGCAGAAAGAUGGUGGUUUUAUAAUACUAAUAAUGCAGGCAGAGAAGAGAGGUGUUGGCACACUUCUUUCCAGAGCUUCCGAGUAAAAGCACAGAGUAGACCGAAGGAUCUUCAUGUUGCCAAAGGAAACUCAUGUGGAACUCAACAGUAUCCCGUGGAGUUGGUGAUAGUCAGCGUAGAAGGCCUGCAAACAUUAAAGCCUCAGGUUCAAAAGAACACCCAUCAUAAUGUUCCUCUCCUCAAUGGGGUGAAUGAAACAGUCGAGCCACUUGGAGGGAUAAAUCUUGAAGCUCGCAUGGUGGUGUCUGAGGAUGACAUUGAUGUUGAGAUGGCCAACUGGAUUAUGGAAAACUUGAAGUUCUCUGUCAAGCAUCCGAUUGAGGCGGUGGUUACAAAGAAUGAGCUGCAACAUCUUGCCUUACUCUUCAAGUCAGAAGUUGAUUCAAUGGGUCGAAUUGCUGCUGGAAUUCUUAGGCUGCUAAAGCUGGAGGGUUCUAUUGGUCACGCCACCUUGGAUCAGCUAAGCAACCUUGGAAGUGAGAGCAUCGACAAAAUCUUCACUCCAGAAAAGCUUAGCAGGGGAAGUAGUUUGGCCAGUUUGGGAAUCUCUCCAUCUGCAUAUUUGAUUGGGGAAAGCCCACGUCCAACCGUAGAAUCUACAGUGACUUCUCUGGAGCAGGCUGUCCUUGAUUCCCAAUCUAAAUGCACUUCUCUCAUGACUGAACUUAGUAGUUCAAAUUCAUCAUUACAUGUUGCAACUAUUAAACAACUCUACGAGAAACUUGAUAGCAUGCAGACACUACUGUCUAGGUUGCGGAAUCAAAUAUGAUUUGCCUCUGCUGUUGUCUCAUUUUGCCAUGGCUUAUGCAAUUGGAGGUUCUAUUGGGUCGAGAUGGUUAUAUCCUACUUUUAUAGGUUUGAUUUACCGUGAAGUGACCAAUAUUUGCUCACGGUUUGGUGGAACCUGCAGUUGCCAUGCUCGUCUCCCCUGAAACUCAUGGGGCGAUUCAAGAAUUGUGUAAUUCAAGAUAAAAAGAGGUCAUUUCCUGAUUAUAUAGUUCACCAUUCUUUCUCCAGUAUAUAUACAUAUAUAGAUACGAAUAGAAAUGCAAGUUGAGUGUAUGUAAUUUAGCUCGGACGAAAUGAUGAUAUUUCAUUUUUGUAGACCCCGAGUCUUCACUCAAAAGUGAUGAGUUUUGUACAUGACUGAACUUCACUUUGAAAGAUAUAUAUAUAUAUAUAUAUAUAUGAUGCUCCAUUAUGUAGAAAAUUAGUUACUUCA